AAUAACAAUAUAAAAAGAAGAAAAGAACUUUGGGCCCUCAUGGAAAAUUCCAGCCACACAUGCAGACCAGUUAUACUUUCACUUUUCCUUUUGACAUCACUGGCUUGAAAGUCAUGCAACGAUUCAAAGCGUCUUUUGCCUCUCACCAAAGCAGAUAAGUUUAUUAGGAGCAGACUCAGCAUAACGUUUCUCUCUAUAAAAACAGCAUCUGUUAGGGUUCAUAAAAAGGAAGCUGCGUUGAUAAAAACCACAUCGAAAAAAAGCAAAGACCUACAGUGAAGAUGAGAAGCUGAUGACAUGGAGGAUCACGAUAAUGCAGCAGGAGCAGGAGGAAGAGAAGAAAUCAAAUCAUUGAAAAAAGAUGAGCUGGCGGUAGAUGAAACUACAGCAAUGUCUGGUCCAGUAAAUAAAUCUGGCGAAACUCAACCGUCAGAGAAUAUCAAUCAAAGUACAGGAGGAGAGUCUGAAAACGCAUCUGAACCAUCUGACACCAUUGAGAGAGUGGCUCCUGAUGUCACACUUGUACUAAUUGGUGAUCCAGCUUCCAUUGAGAUCGGACCAAAGAACAUUUUACUUGACCAUGACGAGCAAACAAAUGUGGAACAGUUUUCACCAAACCUCUAUAAUCUGUGUGGUCGGCACAUCUGUGUCGUUAACAUGCUCUGUCUACAAACAAAGGAAAUCCCUUUAAAUCAGGGAUUUCGUGCCUUUGUCUUUCUAUUACCCAAUACUCUGCAUAGCAGCCAGUUCAGCUCAGGAGUGCAGUGGUUAGAGAGAACUUUUGGCAGAGGAGCACUUUCUUAUUUAAUCACAGUGGUAACUCACGAAACAGGUGAAACAUGUGAAAGUGCAUUAAAAGAGCUGAAAACUAACACAGAGUUUAAUGAAAAAAGGUUCCACACAUGUAACAGAAGUAUGAUGGAUGAAAAACAGGUAGCAAAUUUGUUAGAAAAAAUAAAUGUCAUGAUCUCUGAAAAUGAUCCACAAAGCUACACUGGACUGAUGUGUGCUGAAGAUAAAGACCAAGAAGGACACCUGGAGGACAAAUCCCACAAAGAAGAAAGGAAAAACUCAACAAACGAAAGAGGUACCUGCCUGUCUGUGUUUUAGGCAAACAAACUCUUGCACUCAGCAGUGGGCUAACCUGUGAAUCUUAAUUUGAUUAGAUACAAUGAAUUCGGUGACAUUUAUCUUUAGAAUUGUCCUUGUAACCAAAAUUUUAUUCAUUUGAUAGAUUUGUGCAAAAGUUGUGAGGGUUUCUGUCCAGAAAAUAUUAAACGCAGAGGUGUA